AGAUGGAGGUAAUUCUUUUGAGUGACUAUUUCACCUUUCCUGUGUCAUUUACCCUGUAAUACAAUUUGAAUAUCUUUAUUAAGAAACAAAAGUUUGUCUCCCUUGUAAAAAACUGGUUGGACAGCUGGGCUCAGAGAGUUAUACUGAAUAGAGUUAAAUCCAGUGGGCAACUGGUCACUAGUGGUGUUCUUCAGGGUUCAAUAUUGGUGACACUCCUGUUUAGUAUCUUUAUUGAUGAUUUGUUCAAGGGGAUUGAGUGCACCCUCAGUAAGGCUGCAGAUGACACCAAGUUGGGAGGAUGUGUUGAUCUGCUUGUAGGAAGUGUUCUACAGAGGGAUCUGGAUAGGCUAUAUUGAUAAGCUGAUGCCAGUUGUAUGAGCUUUAACAAGAUCAAGUGCGAAGUCCUGCACUUUGAUUACAGUAACCCCAUGCAUCACUACAGGUUUGGGGCACAGUUACUGGAAAACUGCAGGGAAGAAAAUUAUCUGGGGGGGUUAGUUGAAAGACAGCUGAGCAUGAGCUAGCAGUGUGCCCAGAUGGCCAAGAAGGCCAGUGGUGUCCCACCUUCUAUGAGAAUUACCAUAGCCACUGGGACUAGGGAAGACUAGGGGACUGGGACAUCCUCUUGUACUUUGCACUGGUAAGGCUGCACGUUGAGUACAGUGUACAGUUGUGCCCCACACUACAAGAAGGAGCUGGAGUGCGUCCAAAGAAAGGCAAUGAAGUGCAUGAAGGGUCUGGAAUGAGGAAUGUCUGAGGGAACUGUGAUUGUUCUGGAGAAGAGGAGGUUCAGUGGAAACCUUAUUGCUCUCUACUACCUGAAAGGAGGUUGUAGCAAGAUGGGAGUUGAUCUUUUCUGCCAGGUAACUAGGACUAGAGGAAAUCACAGAAUCACAGAAUUGCAGGGGCUUGAAGGGAUCUCUAGAGAUCAUUUAGUUGAACCCCUCUGCAAAACAGGUCCCUUACAGCAGGCUGCACAGGUAGGCAGGUCUUGAAUGUCUCCUGAGAAGGAGAAUCCACAACCUCCCUGGGCAGCCUGUUCCAAUGCUCUGUCACCCUUACUGUGAACAAGUUCCUGUGUAUAUUGGUGUGCAGCUUCCUUUGUUCCAGUUUAUGGUCAUUUCCCCUUGUCCUAUCUCUACAGACCGCUGAGAAGAGGCUGGCCAUGUCUUUUUGACUCCCACUGUUAAGAUAGUUACACACAAUAAUCAGAUCCCCUCUGUGUCUUCUUUUCUCAAGGCUGAACACACCCAAUUUGCUCAACCUUUCCUCAUAGGAGAAAUACUGCAGGCCCUUUAUCAUCUUUGUGGCCCUCUGCUGGACUCUCUCCAGGAGAUCCUUGUCUUUUUUGUACUAGGGAGCCCAGAACUGGAUGCAAUACUCAGGUGAUGUCCUCAAGUUGCACCAGGGGAGGUUUGCGUUGGAUAUUAGGAAGAAAACAAUUUCAGAAAGAGUGGACGGAUGUUGAUUGGAACAGACUAUCUGGUGAAGUGGUGGGAUCUCCAUCCCUUGGAGGUGCUCAGGAAACAUAUAGUUGCGGCACUGAAGGACACAGUUUAGGGGGCAUGGUGUUGAUGGUGUUGAAGACUAUUGGACUUGUAGUCUUUUCCAACCUUAAUGAUUCUGUGAUUCCUCUAUACUGAUAAAUACUCUUUUUUUUUUUUUUUUUUUUUUUUUUCAUUAAUUUAGCAGCAGUUAAUCAAUACUAGACUGCAUCAUUGUUUACCUCGUUAUAUCUGACAUGUGUAUAGUCAAUUCCAAAAAGAUGAAUUUCUGAAAGAAUUCCUUUUGGCCAAGUCUAAUGUAUUCCUACUCAACUGUUUUAACUGGAACAGCUUGUUACUUUUCACCUGUAUUUCACUUAGUGUUAGGUUGUUUUGCAUUUAAUGGUAUUAUAGAAUUGUAGAAUGUCUUGGGUUUGAAGAGACUUUAAAAUGAUGUAUUUCCAACCCCCUUGCAUGGUGGGGUUUGUGGGAUUCUCCUGAAAAGGUGUGCUGAAGGGAAAGACUUAAUUAGGUGAAGACCAGUCAAAGGUCUGAUAGCAGUUUUUUGCAUAAUUAUCUUGUUUGCCAUCUUGGUGCAUAGCCUAUGGCAGUUGUGUUGCUGAGAGAACCGAUAAACCCGACUGCCCCCCUUGAUCAUGAUCUGAACUGAUGUCAAGAGCCUGACCCAGCAACUUCUGGCUGAAUGUAGUGCCACACUGUUGUCAUGUUGUUUCACGUCAAGCCGGUGCUGCACCAAGCCAAAACCGUAUGACAGCACUCACAGAUAUGGUUCCAUGGCUCUAGGCGUAAAAGAAGUGUAACCAACUCUUGCAGGACCCAGGGGAGGCCUUGCUCUUUCAUGAAGUGGGCUACACAUAGCUUAUGAGACUAACCUCACACUGCAGAAGCAGCAUGCACUGUAGCAAUUAAGUAACAAUAUCAGCAGAGACCAGAUGCCAGCAGAGUAGGGACCACUAUUGAGUGGGAUCUCCUCUCAUCUGAACUGAGACCUUCACACUACAUGCACCAAUGUCUGAACUGACCAUCAAACAUCAGGUCAUACUACUCUCCCUAGCAGUAUUUAGAAAUCUCCCUUCUUGCCAGGGGAUAUUGGUUAUGGCCCUCUCUCAAGGAAUUCAGUCAAAUACCAUGCCUUGACAGACUCCUUUACCUGGCAAUUCACGGAGUGUGGCAUAUACUUUCAGAGUUUCCGUGAGUUAUCUAAUGGUUUGGUGGGGAGCUAGGAGUGCACAUCACAUUCAGCACGCACUCUUGCCCUUUAGCAAGUUGUAUACUUUGCUAAGACCAUUUGUUUGUUAGUAUAUGUUUGGAAUUGUUACCUGUUGAGCAUUUGCUAACUGAGAUUGUAAUUGCUUAAGGACAUUGUAUUAAAUAAAUGUACAGUUAACCACCUGACUUGUGGUCAGUGAAGUGUGUUAACUGAAUUCUGUGCAACCCCGCUGUUUGUAAGGCGGGGAACAGUGCGCAAUAGAAAAUCUGCACGACACUGCUGAAUAUGGUGGAUGACAGAGUUGCAAACAACUUUUGCCUGUAUUAUUAUCUUUGAGGAUGAAGGAAUGAAACUACGACAGCUGAAACUAGAGAAUCAAAGAGCUCUUCUAGAGAAAAAGCAGAAGAAGAAACGUCUUGAACCCCUGAUGGUGCAGCCAAAUCCUGAGGCAAAGCUGCACAGGUCAAAGCCCAAAGGAUGUGAAGAACAGACUCCUUUAGUAGAAACUCCUACCACUUUCCACAAUAAUGUUGUGUUACAUGGCAUUGAUGGACCAGUUUCUUUCUUGAAAUCAGAAGUGCAAGAUUUAGGAACCAAACUCCAAACUUUCUCUGUUGGAUCUUCCAUAACAGCAGAAAAUGCAGAUGAGGAAAACAAUGGACACGCUCUAACAGAAACGUUAGGCAAUGCAGAUCUGCAAGAAAUCUUACAGAAACGAGGAAUUUCAGGCAGUUUGAAUUUUGAUGAGGAGGACACAGAAGAAGAGGAAGAAGUAAGAAAGAGACCAGCAUCUCAGUCACCACAUCCUGAAUCUGAGAGGCUUCGUUCUGCAACUGUCGAGAAAUCCUUUGCAGAAAUAGGUGCUUCCUGUAGUCCAUCCCCUCAGGCGGUUGCACAUCUGGGAGAAGUUGAGAACUUGGAGGAAUUUGCAUUGUGCCCUGCGCCCCGUGGUAUUACAGUCAAGUGUCGAGUCACUAGAGAUAAGAAGGGAAUGGACCGAGGCCUCUUCCCUACUUAUUACAUGCAUCUGGAAAAGGAUAACAACAGAAAGAUGUUUCUUCUUGCAGGUAGAAAACGAAAAAAGAGCAAAACGUCCAAUUACGUCAUAUCAGUUGACCCAACUGAUUUGUCCCGGGAAGGGGAGAGUUUCAUUGGAAAACUCAGGUCAAACCUCAUGGGAACUAAAUUUACAGUCUAUGACCAUGGAGUAAGCCCAAUAAAGGCACAGGGUCAAGUGGAAAAGGCUCAUACACGACAAGAACUCGCAGCUAUUUAUUAUGAAACCAAUGUAUUAGGAUUCAAAGGUCCCAGAAAAAUGUCUGUGAUCAUUCCAGGAAUGAAUAUGAAUCAUAAGCGAAUUCCAGUCCAGCCACAAAAUGAAAAUGAGAGUCUUCUGUCAAAAUGGCAAACUAAAAAUUUAGAGAACCUCAUUGAGUUGCACAACAAGGCUCCAGUCUGGAAUGAUGAUACUCAGUCCUAUGUUUUGAAUUUCCAUGGGAGAGUCACUCAGGCCUCAGUGAAGAACUUCCAGAUUGUCCACGACAAUGACCCUGACUACAUUGUGAUGCAAUUUGGUCGUGUAGCAGAAGACGUUUUCACUCUGGACUAUAACUAUCCUCUCUGUGCUCUUCAGGCUUUUGCUAUUGGACUCUCCAGCUUUGAUAGUAAAUUGGCCUGUGAAUGAGAAACAGCAGACUUGAGACAUAGAACUCACUCCCGCCUCUGUAUCUUGUUAGAAUUCCAGGUGAAGUAAUGAAAAGCACAUUGGGGGUGGAAGGAUACUGGAAGACAAACUUUUGUGAGCUUAUUGGAAAGUAAACAGCAAUCCUGAGAGCAUUUUGGUAUUUAACAGUUGACCAUCUUAGGAGACUAUCUCAAGACUGAGUGGUCUCUGUACACUUUGUGGAAGAGCAAGGAACACAGAUGAUGUUUUUGUUGUCAGGAUUGAUUUUGCUUUCAGAAUCUUUGCAUCAGCUGCUGCUUGAGGAGGCAAAGGAAUUUGUUUCACUAGUUGGAACCCAUUGCAGCUAGAAUUAGAAAAAUAAUGGUUUAGUGUUCGCAUACCUUGAAUCUUCAGCAAUGCCCAUGGAGAUGAUGCUACUGAUAUUACUUUGAGUUUCUGGUGAGAUUAAUUAAGAAAAAAGGAGAGUAGUUAUGGCAUAUAUUCUGUCUUACCCUGUGCAGCAUUUUGCAGCCUGUUAACAACAGUGAAAGGGAAAAGGAUUCAUGUUAAGCCUACAUGCAACUGUAGGUAGUGGUCAACAAACGCAGAAGUGGACUGAGACGCUGGCUCUAAUGAAAGAUGUUUCUCUUAUUUUGCAGAAUGAAUCUCUGUUAAACCUGAUAGUCCAUUUCCCUUUCAUUAUCCUAAUUGCUCCAUGUCCCUUGAUAUACUUUUUAGCAAAUGAAGAAUCACUCCUUUUUAAUUUGGCAAAAUUAUAUCCAUUGGCGUAUCUCUUAUUUUGAACUAUGUGAAAUAUAAGAUUGAAUAGACGAUGGAACAUGACUUUGACUGAAAGUAAUAUUGUACUGCUCCUGAAAAGCACUGUUUGGACUGAACAUCUGAAUCUAGACCUUAUGGUGAUCAGAAAUACUUUUUAACUUGUCCUUUAUUUGUAAAAUUUUCUACAUUUUUAGGAACGAGCGAGAUGUAACUCAUUUCAAUUUUUUUUGUUCAAUGUGAGAUUAUCUCAAGUUAGGACACAGUUGUAGGUUUCAUGUAAAUAAUUUGAAUCUGCCUGUAAGAGUAAGAUGCCUCAAGAGGAGAUUACUGAUGUUUUCAAAGGCAUCAGUUGAGUUUAAAAAAAAAAAAAAAAAAAGUAUCACGGGGCUGUAUAAUGUUUCUUUCCCAUGUUCCCAUUUAAAUGCUAGAUUGUACAAUUUGGAGACUAUAGGUUACAACAUUGAUUCAUACGGCUUUGAUUUAUCAGUGAAUCGCUACACGCUGACAUGCGAGCCUCAGUGCACACAUCUGCUGUGCACUAAAGCAGAACAGCUAGUAACUUGCCACUUCCAUGGCUACUAUGCAUAUCCACGAUGAGUCUGGAAAACUGUAUCUUCCAUUAAGACAAGAAAUAGCUUUCUUCAGUUUUACAUGUUACUAUUAUCAGCAGACGCGCUCUAUUUCAUGCUCCUAAGAAGCAGGCUUACUGUUUUUGGUCUUCAGAGUCUUUGCAGGUAGUUAUCACUUGCUCUUUCAAAAUAGAAACAGAAGAUGACUUAACAGGGUUUAAUUGCCCAGGAAAAA